UAGCCAGUUGCUCGUAAUUAGCUGGAUGGCUAUAGAGAUGAAUCCUGAAUCACUACGAGUGGUGCGGUGCAGACCAAUUUAUUGGAUGCAUAUGACAGCUGCCCGAAGCUCAAGAUGUAUGAAUGAUCUGACUUCUGCGGUGGCGCAUCGCUGUAAAUGCUGUACAGCCACUGCAGACUCGGAUUGACCAUAAAAUCAGCUUUUAAGACACUGUAGCUGGCGCGAGAUAUGGAUCGGAAAGCAUUCCUCAAUGCAGGAUUGGAUAUGCCACUAAAUUUGACCUUUAUCCACACUGAUACAUCGAGAAGAUUGAAAUACUGCUAAUUUUCCCAGAAAACUGCCCUUUUUGUUCUCAUGUUAGCUAGCAGUAGCCACCGCAGUCAUUUUGGAAUGUAGGGUCAGCCAAUCAGCUCCUUUGUUGUUCAACGCCACAUGCCAUUCCAUAAUGGCUGCUUUGGCUGAUGUUAGCUAGCCUGAUAACACAAAGGACUGUUUUCCAGUUUUUCAGUGUGGAUGUGUGUACAGUGUAGAGGAAGUGUGGAUGAAGGUACAACUUGCAGUACAGUACCCAUCCCUUUAUUGUGGUACGUUUUCCGACCCGUAUCUCCUGUCAGCUCCACAGUGUCUUAAUGUAACCAUGAUUGUGUUUAGACCCCAGUGCAGCUCAGUGUUAACAAGCAUAAUGAUAGGGUCAGUAUCUUCGGCGAACCUUAGAUUGCAGUGACCCCUUAGUUCCAUGCCGUAACUUUACCCUGUUGUGCCCUUUUCAUCUUUUCAGCCUUAAACCUGUGCCAGAACCGUGAAAUCUGAUGUUCCAAAAUGCCUCAUAAACUCCUCAAGUUACUCCUGGGAAGUUACCAGUGGCUGGCCAGUUACUGGCCCGUCCUUAUGCCGAGGGGAAUCCGCCUGUACACAUUUGAACAGAUCCCGUUAUUCAUGAAAGAAAACCCAUACAUUACAGAUGGAUACAGAGCCCGUUUACAAUCCAAACUUUGUUUAAAAAGCAUCUUUGUGCUGUCCAAUGAAACAGUCAACAUAUGGACUCAUCUGUUGGGCUUCCUCCUGUUCUUCCUACUGGGGGUGAAUGACAUGUCUACAGUCCUGCCGGCUUCAGGUGCCAACAGAGAAGACUAUGUCAUCUACUGCAUAGCACUCUUCUGCUUUCAGGUGUGUAUGCUGUGUUCUGCAGGGUAUCACAUGUUCUCCUGCCACCUCUCAGAGAAGACGUGUCACCGCUGGUUGGCGCUGGACUAUGCUGGAAUCUCUGUGGGAAUCCUGGGCUGUUACAUUCCAGGGGUCUUCUAUGCCUUCUACUGCAUCACUUUCUGGAGACAGGUGUACCUGGUGACUGCUCUAGCAUUGAUAUUGGCAGUGUUCUUAGCUCAGAUCCACCCUCACUACCACUCUAAGGAGUGGCGACACCAGCGUACUGCCAUCUUCUGCUCCGUGGCUGGCUAUGGGAUCAUCCCCGCCGGCCACUGGGUCUGGCUCAAUGAAGGCCUCGGCUCAGCUGUCGUCCAGUUGUUCCUCCCUCGUGUGAUUGUGAUGUAUUUGAUAGCUGGAGCUGCGUUCCUCUUUUACAUCUCUAAAAUCCCAGAACGCUGCUUCCCAGGUCAACUGAACUAUCUGGGUGCCAGCCACCAGGUGUGGCAUGUCCUUGUGGUGUUUUUGCUCUACUGGUGGCACCAGACUGCAGUAUAUAUAAUGAAAUUCAGGCACAGCCAGCCAUGCCCUCCUUUCUACACCCAGCCUGGUCUCAUAGACUAGACGUAACAUAGUAAAAGUAAAUCCAGGACACUCAAAUUAGUAUGAUAUGUUACAUUUGUAAUGGGUGGUUGGUCGAGGUGGAUGGGUGGGUGAAUGCCUAG